AUGCUUUUUGGAAACAGGUACUCCGCUGUUCGCCUCCAAAUCUCGGAAUUUGAACUCUUGCUGGAAGUUGGAUUUAUCAAAAGAGAUCCAGUACUGUGUGGUGGUCCAUCUACACCCUACACCCUCCAGAGCACCCUUUCGAUCAUAACAGGUCGACCCACGAGUACGCCGGACAAAUUCACCACAACGCCGCUGUCCAUCCCUUUCGAUGAAGAGCAGUUCGGAGAACCUAUGGCUGCGAGUCUUCUGAUGGACUUCAGUGCCCGCAAGGACUAUAUGCAGGCAUUGACGUCGCAACGGCGCGUCGCUCCCACGGGAUGGGAUUCACCCGCUCUUGCGGAGGUCGUCGGACAGGAUAUCGGUCUCAACUACGCCAGACAUUACUUCCAACACCUCUCUACUUCUUCUACUUUGUAG